GUGUGUGUAUUUGCGUGUGUGUGUCUGUUACUUGUCGUCAGUGUGUCCUUGACUCCAUAGACAAGCGGCAGGUUAGCUAGAGAGUUAUCACUGGAUUUGACAGCUACAGGGAGCCGAAGCGAAGGGGACGAAAAAAAAAAGGGGAAGCGGUGUCGUUUUUUUUAUUCACAAAAGCAUCCUCGUCCUCGCAGAGCAAACUCUCGCAAAACAACUCGAGAUGGCUUUCUUGAUCAAGAGCAUGAUUGGGAACCCCCUGUCAGGAAUAGGUCUCGGUGGUGGAGGUGACAAGGAAGAAGAGGCCACCCCUUCAGAUCCGGCCAAAGCAGCGGGGAUGACGCGCGAGGAGUAUGAAGAGUACCAGAAACAGGUGGUGGAGGAAAAAAUGGAGAGAGACGCAGAUUUCCUACAUAAAAAGGCAGAGAGAGCGACACUCAGGGUGUGCCUGAGGGACAAAUACAGACUGCCAAAGAGCGAGCAGGAUGAGAACAUGAUCGAGAUGGCCGGGGACGACGUGGACGUUCCCGAGGAGCUGCUCAAGAUGGUGGACGAGGAUGCCACUGAAGAGGAGGGCAAGGAUUCCCUCAUGGGCCAGUUUCAAAACUUGCAGAGCAUGGACAUGGACCAGCUGAAGGAGAAGGCCUCAGCCACCGUCACCGAGCUCAAGAGCAAAGCAGAGGAGAAGUGCUCCGUCAUGUGAAUGACCAAGGAGUGUGUCUGAAUAAAUGCAGUGGAAAAAAGAGAGGAGUGACAGGAUUAUAAAUGAUAAUGGUAAUGAUACUUUCACCACUUUUUGGGAAACUGAAGACCAAGUUUGUUUUAUACUCUGUGAUUGAGUCACAUUGUAGAAAGGCCAGCUAAAAAUUCACUUUUACAGAAAUACAAAUUACUUACAUGUCAUAAAAAGCCACACCUGUGUGUUUUAUUAGUAGCAUUUACAAAAGAAUUUAACGUAAAAGUGUCCCUGUAACCUCAAUAUUGCAUGGGCAAUGAAUGGCCCAUUGAAUGAAAAUACACUUUUCCCCAAAUACUGUGAUGUAACGUUCACUCGUUUUCUUUGUUUGUCAUGAAAUGAGACUUUUUAGUCUCUACAAGUGUGUUUUUCAGACAGAACAAUAAAAAUACACGACACUCUCUGAUAAAAGACAAAUCCUAUCUGAGUAUCAUUACUUUCCUUUUGUAUGUGGUGUUUGAAUUAAAUAUGUUAUGUAGUUUAUCUCUUUUGGUGUUUCAGCAAAGCGACUAAUCAUCAUAACUUUUGUCAUAUAUAUCUCAAGUGUGUUAAGAAAUGAGCUUGAAAGGUUUGCAGAAAUAUUUGCAAUUUUGCACAAAUUCUAACACAUUGUCCACGAGCAUUUGCAAAAAAACACAGAGGUACUUGACACUCAGAACCCAAAUGUAACAUUUAAAAUAAAAAUGUAUAUUGAAUAAG